AUGAUUCUGCAGGUGCUUUGCAAAUCUUAUCCAUCAGAGUUCAUAUCAUACUUCCAUUAUUGUCGGUCAUUGAGAUUUGAGGACAAACCAGAUUAUUCAUACCUUAAGAGGCUCUUCCGUGACCUGUUUAUUCGAGAAGGUUAUCAGUUUGACUACGUGUUUGACUGGACAAUUUUGAAGUAUCCACAGAUUGGUAGCAGUUCUAGAUCACGGGCAGCCGGGAAGUCAGGUUUGAACCCUGGACCUUCUGCAGAAAGAACUGAAAGGACUCAGGUAAGGCAAGAAAUCCGAGAUAAAUUCUCAGGUGCAGUUGAGGGAUUUGCUAGAAGAAGUGGUUCUGGUUCUGGUCUGCGAGGUGAACACUCCAGAUACAGAUCUUCAGAGGAUGUGCCAUCAUCAAAAGAUGUGCAAGCUGACUCAGAGAGAGGCCGCACUUCUAGGAAUGGGAGUACUUCAAAAAGGAUGGUCAUGCCAAGCAGCAGGCCAAGCUCAUCUGGAGAGGCGGGUGAGAAUCGGCUUGCUCGUUUGGGUUCGAGCAGUGGUAGGAUUUCUACCACGCAAAGGACCCAACCUGGAUUUGAGUCUAAAUCAUCGUCUUUCACCCGAGCUGGAGCUAUGAGAGCCAGCCGCGAUGAUCCUCUACGUAGCUUUGAACUGCUGACAAUAGGGUCGGGAAAGAGGAAAUAA